AAGAGACAACGAUAAACUUCGUCUUCACUGCUCCGGUAAAAUUCUACUAGAACUCUUGUAAAAUAGUAUGUAUGUAUACUUAACAAAUUGGUAUCAAAAUCAUUUUUUAAUGAAAACCGAGAAUAUAUGGAAAUCUGGUGAAUUUUGCAAUAGUUACUGAGAGUUAGCUGCAACCAUUAUUAACAUUUGUCGCGUGACAAAAUCGUUAGCCUCUAUGCUUUGCAGGGCGUGAGUGCUUGUUUACGCGUCAAAAAGCAAAAUCCAAUAACAACAAUCCACCGUGAAAGAAGACAGUGACCGAUCAUCCAUCAGGCAGCGGUAGAACUUCCUCCGUAAAAUCCAUUUUUUGGGAACAGUUUUAUUUGCAUUAAUAGAAAUUAUAGUGGAAAGUGAAGUUCAUCAAGUGCGAGUAGGGGCAGCACCACAAUGAGCCACGCAAGGGGCCAAUAUUAUGAGGUCGUCCGAACUAGUCGAGUAGUUAUUAGAGGAAGCGAGGCUAACUCUCGUUCUCGUAGCCAUGAUCGGAAAUACCGUCGUGAAAAUCGUGACGAUGGUUACCAUCGUUCCUACGGUGGCGAAACUACUGAGUAUGCUGCCCGCAGCGGUGGCGACAGCUAUGGCCGACGCAGCACUCGACAAGCAAUAGCUCACGAUCACCACGGUGGUGGCACUAGCGAGUACGACGAAAGCAAGGCCGUACUGGCGGUCUUCAAUUUGAACCUUUAUACCACCGAUGCGGAGCUCUACGACGUGUUUGCCAAGUUUGGACCCCUGAAGAAGGCAACCAUCGUGAUUGAUGCAAAGACCGGUCGUUCCCGUGGGUUCGGUUUCGUGUACUUCGAGAGCACUGAGGACGCCCGGGUGGCGCACACUGAGGCCAACGGUAUCGAAAUCGGCGACCGGCCGAUACGUGUCGACUACUCGGCAACGGAAAAACCUCACGAUCCCACGCCGGGUGUGUACUAUGGCAGGGUCAGCUAUCCGAAAAGAGGCGGUGGCUACGGGGGUGGACCUCCGCGAGGGCCACCCACUAUGGCAGCACCAUCAGGUGGUGGCCACUUCCACUGCCAGGGCUGCGAGAUGGAAGCUCGCGAACGAGAACGAUGGGAACGGGAGGCACGACGCUACGGCAACGGCCGGGAAUACUACUACCAGGAGAGGUAUGCAGCUCCGGAGUAUCCGCGUGGCCGCGAUCGGUCGGCCAUGUCCCGAUCUCGAAGUGACUACUACCGCGGAGGUGCAGGGGUUCGCUGACAGUGGGCACCCAUGGCACAGGUUGUCACUGUGCCCCUACCAGGAAAUUAUCCUGCUCAUCCCGCUGCAAUGAUGAUGUAGAACAAAACACACAACCGUAAUGUAAUGUCACAAAAGCAUAAUAUAUCGAUCGACCCUAUGCAUAGCUGCGUACAAUUCGGCAUACGAUUUCUUCAGAAUCAACGGAUUCAAUGCCGAAUUGUGUGGAAUGACAAGCUAGCUAGUUGGGUGUGAACCAUUUCCUCCAUCUCAUUUCCAAUAGAAUGUCAAUGUUUCAGUAUGUAGAGUCGCAUUUGGAGUGCCGGAGCAUGAAGACGAUAUUUUUAUUUAUAAUUAACAGAACUACAAACGUACAGAGAAAACUCCGUGGUAAACCUUUAGUGUAGUCGAGACUAUAAUGCAAAAAUCUUAAAUAACAAUGCAUCCUUCAAUAAACCUUAAGAUAGAUGAAAGCAAAAA